AUGGCAAGCACUGAAGAUUUGCAGACUCUUGUGCUCACCACACUCGACAAGUCCAACACCAUUGAGGAUUCCAAGGACUUGACAUUCAAUGAUGCACCUGUCGAUCAACUCGCCCUUCUCGGUGCUCUCAACAGUUUAAAGUCCAAGGAGAUGAUUGAUUUUACUCCUAUUGAACGUAUUUCUUGGACCUUGACCGAGGAAGGUAAGCAAGUUGCCAAGGAUGGUAGUCAUGAAGCUCGCGUUUUUGGCGCUAUUCCUGCUGGUGAUGAAGGUCUUCCUAUUGCCGAACUCCAAGCCAAGUUUGGUGCUUCAGCAAAGGCUGGCCAAGGCAAAGCUUUCAAGAACAAGUGGAUUUCCAAGAAGGGUAACAAUUUGGUGCGUCUGGUUGACAGCAUUGUAGACGACACCCAAAAGGAAUUGAAGGAGAUUGAGGCUACUGGUACUCUUGAAAACCAAAAGACACUUGCUGAAUUGAAGAAGAGAACCUUGAUUGACAAACAAAAGACCACGACUUACAGCGUAUCAAAGGGUCCUGAUUUCUCUUUGCAAGUCAAGAAGGAAGCUACUGAUAUCACCACGGAUAUGCUUUUAUCUGGUGAAUGGAAGAAUGCUACCUUCAAAAAGUACAACUUUGACGCUGCUGGUGUUCCUCCUCAUGGUGGCCAUCUUCACCCCUUGAUGAAGGUGCGUCAAGAGUUCCGUGAAAUUUUCUUUGAGAUGGGUUUCCAAGAAAUGCCUACCAACUGCUUUGCUGAAUCUAGUUUUUGGAAUUUUGAUGCUCUUUUCCAACCUCAACAACAUCCUGCCAGAGAUGCUCAUGAUACCUUCUUUUUGAAAGAUCCCGCUACAUCUGAUCGUUAUCCUUCUGAUUUGAUGGAAAAGAUUAAAAAGACACAUGAAAAUGGUGGCGAUACUGGAUCCAUCGGUUACAACUACGUUUGGAAGGAGGAGGAAGCUCAAAAGUUGAUUUUGCGUACUCACACCACAGCCGUCAGUUCAUACAUGCUCCACAAGCUCUCAGAAGAGACCAAAAAGAUUGGCGAAUUCCGUCCUGCCAAAUAUUUCUCUAUUGAUCGUGUCUUCCGUAACGAGUCUGUUGACGCUACUCAUUUAGCCGAGUUCCAUCAAAUUGAAGGUGUCAUUGCCGAUAAGAACUUGACUUUGGGUGAUCUGAUUGGCUUCAUGGAUGUCUUUUUCAAAAAGAUGGGCAUGGACAAGAUUCGUUUCAAGCCCACGUACAAUCCUUAUACUGAACCCUCCAUGGAAAUCUUCUCUUACCACGAGGGAUUAAAGACUUGGGUUGAAAUUGGUAACUCAGGCAUGUUCCGUCCUGAAAUGUUGCUUCCUCUUGGUUUGCCUCCUGAUGUUCGUGUCAUUGCUUGGGGUCUUGGUCUUGAACGUCCUACCAUGGUCAAGUACGGUAUCUCUAAUAUUCGUGAUCUUUUAGGCCACAAGGUCAAUAUCGCUAUGAUUAAGGAUUACCCCAUCUGUCGUUUGGACAAGAAGAUGGGUAAGGAGUUGGUCGGUUUAAGUGAGGAUUAA